CUCAACAUCGACACCGUCUUUGACCUCCGCUCGGGCCUCGAGGUCACCCACUCCACUGGCGUCUCAGAUCCAGCCUUUGCCGAGCAGUGGCCCGGAGGCCCGCGCCGCGUCCACGCCCCCGUCUUCGCCGACACCGACUACGGUCCCGAGGCCGUCGCCGUCCGCUUCCAUCAGUACGCCUCAACCCAUCCCGUCCGCGGCUUCGUCAACGCCUACCGCUCCAUCCUAAAAGCUGGCGCACCGGCGUUUGCCACCGUGUUGACGUACCUCUCGUCCGACGAGUGGGACCCGUCUGCAGAGAAGCCCAUUCUGGUACACUGCACUGCGGGCAAGGAUCGCACCGGCAUCCUAUGUGCCCUGAUACUGAGUCUGUGCGGCAUCCCGGACGAGAACGUAGCAACAGAGUACGGCCUUACCUCCGAAGGGCUGAAGGAUGCGAAACCCGCACUUGUGAAGCGGUUGCUGGCGAUGCCUGCUUUUGAAGGGAAUCCGGACGGCGCCGAGAGGAUGCUGAGUUCAACGCCUGAGAGUAUGAUGGCUACGCUUGCCAUGAUCCGUGAGGAAUGGGGCUCUGCUGAGGAGUACAUUGUGAAAGAGUGUAAACUCUCAUCCGAGACCAUUGCCUGCAUUCGACAGAAGCUCCUUGUU